UCUGUGAUGUCGCUGAGUAUUGUGGCUCUCUGCCUGCUGGCUUGUAUUCACUCUGGCAUAAACGCAUACCCAGUCAAGCCUGCUGGUCCCCGGGAAGGAGCACCACCUGAGGAGCUCGCCAAAUAUUAUUCUGCACUAAGACACUACAUCAACCUCAUCACAAGACAGAGGUAUGGGAAAAGAGACACCCCAGAUACUGUGUUUUCAGAUGUGUUGAUGAGGGAAAGCACAGAAAGUAUUCCAGGAUCAAACUAUGUCAGGUUUGAUGAACUGCCAUUGUGGUGA